GUGGAAACUACUAUCCAAGUGUCCACUUAAGUAGAGAAAUAAAAAUAUGGAACUGGGCUCACGUACAACAGAUUUUAAUACUCGUGCGCCUUCGAAGCUAACAUUUUUUAAUCGUAACGCUCAUUUUUUUUGUUUUUGUUUUGUUUUGUUUUGUUUUGUUUUUUUUGGAGCAGGAAUAGUUCGCUUAACUUUUUUUGAGCUACUUAGAGAGUGUCUCUGUUUGAAAAAUUUAUUAAAAAGGAAGAUUAAAAAAGAUGAAUAUUGUGAAUCCUCUAUUAAGCCAUCCUUUCAAAUAAACCCCUCUCUUAAAUAAGUCCUUUUAGGGACAGAAAGUUAACAAGGCCCCACUCUCUUUUAAGCCCCCCCCCUCCCCCCUUAUUAUUCUUUGCUGUAUUAAUGGCACCAGAUGAUGUUUUUCUGUUGUUAAUAAACCCUCCGCACAAGAACAAACCAGUGCAAAAAUUAAUUGCAAAAUACGUAUUCGACUGCUAUGAGAAAAGAAGACCAUUAGCUCUUUAGGUUAACAUUGAUUAUAGUUCCACUAGUGUGCAAUUUGUGUUAUGAUUCUAAAUUAUUUGGAUAAAGUCGAUGUACAUAGGACUGUAUAAGACUCCAAGUAAAUAAAGCAUAAAGCAUUGUCAUUAAUUCAGACAGUAUUAAUCAAUCACGACUGUAAAACAUCUUAUGUACUAAUCCGGGAUGGUUUAUUCACCAACCGCAAUUUCGCAUUUGUUUUUGUCUCUCGGUUGCAUGACGUCCAACUUCUUGUACUUGAGGUUUUCAUUUAUAGCUCUUUAUGGAGAACUGAUACCAUCGUCUUUGCAAAAUGAAAUAAGACCCCCCCCCCCCCCCUCGAAUAAGACCCCCGUCUCUAUUAAGCCCCUCCCAAAAUGUGUUUUAAAUGCAUAAUCCUCUCCGACGAGGGGGGCUUAAAUACUGUUAAUAGACAAGGUACAAACAAACCUGUUGUCUCAACGCAUUUUCGUCUCUUCGACAUUUAAAUCAGCUACGCACUGAGUAAUCCAGGUGUGGAUAAACUACCACAAAACAACAACAACCACAAAAAGUUCCUUUACGCAACCAAGCUCUGGAUUCCACAUUUUGGAGAAGGAAUAGUUUGUUGAACUUUUUUGAGCUACUUAUAGAGAGUGUCUCUGUUUGAAAAAUUAUAUAAGGGAAGAUUAAAAAAGAUAAAUAUUGUGAAUCCUCUAUUAAGCCCUCCUUUCAAAUAAACCCCUUUCUUAAAAAAGUCCUUUUAGGGACAGAAAGUUAAUAAGGCCCCUCUCUCUUUUAAGCCCCCCCCCCUUAUUAUUCGUCACUGUAUUAAUUCAGACUGCAUCAAUCAAUCACGACUGCAAAACGUCUUGUGGACUGAUCCGGGAUGGUCUUUUCCCCAACUGCAAUUUCGCAUUUGUUUUUGUUCCUCGGCUGUAUGACCUCCAACUUCUUGUACUUAAGGUUUCCAUUUAUAGCCCUUUUUCAUGGAGAACUGAUACCAUCGUCUUUGCUAAAUGAAAUAAGACCCCUCCCCCCCUCCCUCAAAAAAGCCCACCGUCUCUAUUAAGCCCCUCCCAAAAUGUGUUUGAAAUACUGUUAAUAGACACGGUAUAAACAAACCUGUUGUCUCAACGCAUUGCCAUCUCUUCGACAUUCAAAUCAGCUACCUACUGCCAAAUGAGUAAUCCAGGCGUGGAUCCACUACCACAAAACAACAACAACCACAAAAAAGGGCCUUUAUGCAACCAACUACUCACUAUAUUUGUCGUGACAAGCUGUGUUCUUUUCCGUUAGGUCAAUGUAUUUUCGAUGGAACUCCACUAAAUGGCAGGACACUCAACAGAUUUUUUGUCAAAGGGGCUACCCUUAAACACAACAGCAUUGUAGAGUUUUCUUGUGACUCAUCUUAUGAAUUGACGGGAUCGAAAGUCCUUCACUGCAAAGAUGGGCAAUGGAAUGCAACUACUCCUUCCUGCAAAGGUAUCAUGUGUUUUACAAUCAACACAAAGAACAAGAGAAGCAGGGAAUGUUGCACUAAGAAUUUUGAAAAUUAUAGAAAUUAAUUUAAUUGUCUAGUCGUAUAUUUCAUUUGCAUUUUUUAAAAUAUAAUAUAUACAUAGUCAUGGAUAAGAGCAAAUUUCAAAUGGCAUAUUUUCUCCCUUUCUAUUGUUUCAGAUAAUAAGACUACGAUCAGUAAUUACAAUCGUAUGGAAACCGCCAUUCCUAAGUACUGAUUACGUAACAUCAUUGAUUUCAUAAACUUAUUUCUUUUUUUUAGCUUCAUGUGGCGAUCCCGGGCUCAUAGAUCGUGGAAGAAGAAUCGGAAAUGAUUUUUCUCAUGGCCAGAUAGUUAUAUAUCAAUGUAGGCAGGGAUACAGUUUAGAAGGCUCUCAAAAACUAAAGUGUAACAAUGGUCAUUGGGAUGCUGCUGUACCGCAAUGCAAAGGUGACAGUUAUCUUCUUUUUACUCACAACAACAGCAACCACCACGACCACUUUUUUCUAAUUUUUCUACUAUAAAAGGCAAUGCCUUAUGCGGCCGUGUAAUUAACUUUUGAGCAAGUCGAUAAGGUAUACGGGCACAAGAAAAGAUAAAAAACAUAUUACAGCAAAAAAAAAAAAAAUACAAAACCGGUAGAGCCAUGGUCAGUGGAGCGUUUGUGAUCCAUAAUUAACAGUAAAGCAGUCAACCUUUAGUCGAAGUGAUUAAGCUAUGAUCCGGGUAUUGUAAUGGCCCAAUACGCUUUCCUCGAAUAGUACUUCAAAUAGUACUUCGUUUUCACACCGAGGAUACAUGAAACUACAAAAAGGCAGUUAAUGAAUUAAAAUGUACUUUGAGUACAGAAUUACAGGAUAAUAUAACAUAGCGCGUGUGCUAACCCUAAAUAAGUCCCAUUAAGCCGCUAUGAACAAAAUCUUUAUUUACGCACGCCUGUGCGUAAAUAAAGAUUAUUUUCAUGAUGACGUGCUCAGCUGUGUUUUCUGCCUCUUUUCCUAAAGUACUAAGUACCCCGAAAUCGACGUCAAUGAUGAAAAGCUUUCUAGAUUUUUGUUUGGAAUUUAGCUUUUUUCUGGCCACUCAAGCAGCAGAAGCUGUGAGAUGUUUCUCAAACAAUAGUCUGAGUCGUUAAAAAGUCUGUUGUAAAGACUGACAUUCAGCUGGAAAAAAGAUCACAAAUUGGUCUGUGUUGAAGAAAAUUCAAUUUUUUUGUUUAUCCUUUACAAAAAAAGUUAAUUCUAUCAGUCAUCUAACGCAGAGAUCCCACGAGAUAUUACGCAUGCGCACGGUUGGUCAUUCUACGCGAGCGUUCGCCAUCUUGUAGGCGUGUUUGGUUUUCCAACGAGUUUUUUCCCGUCAAUCUACGUCAUCCGGUAGAGAUUUGCGAGGCAAAUCAGUUCCUCUCAAAGGUGAGCUUCACCUUUCCAUGAUGACGGAGAAAAAUAGCAUGGAUGGGCUAUUGAAAGAAGCCCGACACUCAAAAUCUGCCUCGGCGAAGCCGAGUAAUACACUAACUUCAUCUGAGCGGGAAAGCUCACUACGUUCUUCUUGGGACGUUCAACCCGGCAUCACCAGAAAAGCAACGGUUACUGGCGCAGCUAGACCUCCCAGUGCCAAACGUACUUGACAAACCGAAACGACCGUCGAAUUGGGCCUUGCCGACCUAAAUCACAAGGUAGACCAGCUAACGAGUCUAUUUUAAAAAGUCCCGCCUGUAGUGCAGAAAUUAAAAGCUGCUUAUGAUGCAGCACAGGAAGAAGAGGACGAGUUGCAAUUGUUGAACGCCUCCAAGGGCGGAGGCGAGGAAAACACCGCCGACGACAAACCAACGGAACCACUCGCCAUAAAGGGACAGAGCGGACGAUUUGAAAUCGUCCUCUUGCGCUCAAAUCGCAGAGGUUAUUAAAGAAGUGACCGAAAACGAACAAACCGAGCCUCCUGUACAUGAGAAAGUAUCGUCACUUGUUGACAGUCUUCUGGCGUCAAGUCUAAAAGAGCCAGCCUUACUUAAGCAGAAGGAAAACAAGAGGCCAGUAAGUUGCAAACGUCUCCAUGUGACAAAAGUGAACUCUGAGAUAUGGGAUAUCGCUCAAAAAACAACCCGAAGCAUGGAUUCCCGGCUACAAAAAGUGCAAAAAUCACUUGUAACGGGCGUCAUUCCUAUUGCCAGGCUUAUGGGAACUAUGCGAGAAGUCCUUCAAAAGGAGGGGACAAUGCCUUCUCCGGAUGAUGGAAAAUCUUAUCCAAUUCGGUGCUUCUAAGAGCCUCUGCCACACACGACCUCAACAUGUGCAGGCGAGAUCUAUUGAAGGUAGAUCUUGAUGACACUUACAAAAGCAUAUGUAGCAGCAAACAGCCUGUGGGGCUCGAAUUGUUUGGCGAUGACCUUACGGAACGACUGAAGACAGUCAAAGAAAGCAAAAAAGCCGCUAAACAACUAGCUAAACAAUAAGAAGAAACGCAAUAAGGAGUAUUCUAGGUCCUCCUAUUCAGCCAGGGGCUCCUUUUUAUUCCAUCGCCGGGGAAAUCACCACCAGGGAUACCCCCGAACAAGAAACAACUACCACUUCAGUCACAAAGACAACCGGAGCGUGAACAACACCUCCAAGGGGAAGAAAUCUGUGACACAGAAGUGACCCCUGAAGCUGUAAGUAAAUUUCCUCUUUUAUCUGUUAAGGGUUACAAGACUUUUCCUCCCACUGUACCUGGGAGAAUUCAACAUUUUCUUGGAAAAUGGAAACAAUUAACACAUGACCCCAGCAUCUUGAAUGCUGUAAGAGGAUACAAAAUAGACUUUUUCCUUACCCCAGUACAGUUUACCACCCCAAGGACAAUUAAUUUUUCAGCUCAGGAAAGUGAAAAUGUCAAUGCACCAAUAUCCAAAUUCCUAGAAAAAGGGAUCAUAAGUAAAAGCUCCCACGAGGAAGGAUAGUUCACCUCGAAUAUAUUUCUGAGAAUUAUAAAGAAAUGGGUCAUUCCGUAUGAUCCUUAACCUUAAUUUUAAAAUGGAUUCCAUCCAUACUUGUUCCCAACGCAUGACACCUCGUUGUUACAUGGCGUCCACUGACCUGCGGGAUGCCUACUAUUCCGUGCCUAUUGCCAAAGAGCACCCAAAAUAUCUUAAACUCGUAUGGCGGGGAAGCCUAUAUCAAGUUACAUGCUUGGCUCAGGGGCUCUCUUCCGCCCUCCCGUCUCUUCACCAAACUUCUGAAACCUGUGUUUUCGUUCCUCAGGGCGUUGGGACAUAUCUCAAGUGGCUACCUUGAUGACUCCUUUUAAUAAGGGUACUCCCCAAGCCAAGCCAACAUUGAUGAUACCCUAACCCUGUAUCAACAUUUGGGUUUCUUGCCUCAUAAAGUUUCAUAUAUACUUCACAUCGAUACCAACCCAGGUCUUGCAUCACCUAGGGUUUAUUUUAAAUUCUCUGGAUAUGACAGUAUCCAGUUCAGUAGAUAAACAUCAAAAGCGGAAACUUGCAGCCCAAAGAAUCCUUGAUAGCAAAUGAACCAGGUGGCACAAUUAAUUGGCAUGAUGGUUUCUUGCUUCCCGGGUGUAGAGUAUGGAGAACUUUUCUGCCGUCAGCUAUAAAUAGAAAAAGCUGCGGCUCUUAAAACUAACAACCGGGAUUUUGAACAAAUUGGCACCUGCAGAUAUUUCUUGGUGGACCAGGAAUGCCCUGACCGCCUAGAUGAGGAUUGAUCAUGGGAAGAUUAGUCAUACCUUAUACACUGAUUCCUCUACCCAGGGGUGGAGUGUAUGCCUGAACGACACCACAACUGGGGGACAGUGCGCUAUUACAGAAGAAAGCGACCAUAUUAAUUACUUGGAGCUAAAGGCCAUUCUCUUGGGCUUUUGCAGUCCGUUUGUAAGGAAGUAACCCAUGAUUACAUUAGAGUUAUGACUGAUAAUACCACCGCUGUGGCAUAUUUACCCAAAAUGGGAGGUUCUCACGCCCCCAAGAAACACAUUCCAGGGGAAAUCACUGUUAUCGCUGACCAAGCAUCCGGGUUCUUUGAUGAUUCAACUGAAUGGCAGCUUAAUGUGGAUGUUUUCAACAGGAUAAUAAACAUCCUGGGAACACCCACCAUAUGUUUGCCUCACGGUUAAACUAUCAACUGACACCCUAUGUCUCAUGGCUUCCAGACCCACAAGCCAUUGCAAUUGAUGCCUUCACUCUGGGUUGGACUAAUCAUUUUUCAUACGCCUUUUCCCCCUUUAGCGUCCUACCACAAUUUUUACAGAAACUGGAAAUGGAUCAAGCCCAAGCCAUCCUGAUUGCCCCCAAUUGGCCAACACAGCCAUGGUACGCCAAGCUAACAAGACUCUUGAUUCGGAAGCCAAUCCUCCUGCCAAGACACACGAACAAUGUCCAUCUACCAUUCACCCCAGAACAGCGCCACCCCCUGGGCAGCCAGCUUCGUUUGAUGGCAUGCCUCUUAUCCUGAAAUCCCUCCAGAGUAGAUAAAUUUCACAAGCAUCUCAAAACACAAUCCUCAACUCGUGGUGGCCAGCAAACCCAAAAAUAAUACUGGGUCUACCUUGAGAAGUCGCAAACUGGCUGUGGAUCCCCUUCACCCACCUGUAAAAGAUGUGUUGGAGUUUCUACAAGAACUAUAUGAAAGGGGUUUAGGGUUCAGUUGUCUAAAUACUGCAAGAAGUGCCCUAUCCCCCUUCUUAGUCCUUGAUGUUAAUGUUACUGUUGGGAAUCACCAAAGGUUCUUAAAAGGAGUUUUCCAAACAAGGCCAGCUGCAGUUCUGAAGGCUGCCAGUUGGAGCUGUGAAAGUGUUUUUAACACUUUUUAAAACAAACCAGUUCAGCCCCAAAAUUUAGGACAGUUUUAGUCAUGCUAUUCUCUCUGCUGCUGUGGAAACACAUUGAUUGUUACACUUAUUGUCAGGCCAUUUUUUGUUCUGUAAAGUUACUGUUAACUUUUCUGCAGGUUAUCUAAUUCCUGGUAUACAUUUCACUUAGUGGUUCUGUACAAUAAAUUCAGUUUUGACGUCCUGAGUGACCACAUGACUUUAAAAUCUCGUGGGAUCUCUGCGGUAGAUGACUGAUAGCAUUAGUAAAUUUAACGAGACUUACCUGGAAGUUGAAGUUCCAUUGGAAUUCUAUCAGGCAUCCAGAGAGCAGAAAUUACACGCUCACCGAUUGCUCUGUGAAUCCCUCCCCGUUUUUUGUUAUAUUGUGUUAUUUGUCAUUGCCUCCUGUGGCCACUCCUCUUUGAAGGAUGAUCAACCGUGCGCAUGCGUAGUAUCUCGUGUAAUCUUUGCUCCCUAGAUGCCUGAUAGAAUUCCAAAGAAACUUCAACUUCCAGGUAAGUCUCGUUUAAUUUACUAAUUAUAAAGUAAGCUCAAUAGCGAAGAAUCAUGCACUUUCGUUAUCGCCGAACAAUCCGACUGAAUCAGGAAAAUUUAUCUUGUAAUAACAAGUUACACAAGAAGACAUAAAUUUAUUAGUAAUAAAAACAACUGCUUCCAGCUCUUCUCGAGAAGCCGUAAUGACCAGCCAUUGUUCGCAAAUGAAUAUAACUGUAAAGUAGGGUGACAGUCGUCUUCGCUAAAAAACAAGUUUUCUCGAUUUCGCCGAGCUAAACUUAAGCUUAAACAUCUUUUCAGCAAAUCCAAACCCUACUCCACGACUUCUUACUAAAAUUUGAGUAUUUUAACUUUAGGUGGACUUUAACACUCUUUGACCUUUGUUUCGGCUUAGUUUCUAUUGAUCUUUAACGAAUAAGUAAGCAAAUUUGCUUUUCUCAGUUUUACAGAAAGAUUUUUCUUUCAAACUAGAGACGAUUGCGGCGUGUUUGUAUCCAGCCAGUAGAAACAUUUGUUAUUGUGUCGCGCGUUACGAUAAUUUUGCAGUUAACCAAAAAGCGACAAUUUUUGUCAGCUGUGUUAUAAAAGAAUAUGCUCAUGCUUAUUUAACUCUGCGUAUAUCGAGUUACGGAUGCACUUGGGAAGUUUGGAGAGCACUCAAGGAGCUAGGGUUAUGCUGAUGCUUAGGGCACGAAAGAUGCGUAACUCUGACUUACACGUAUUUCGUGCUCUCCAAACUUCCCGCGUGCAUCCAUAACUCGAUAUACCCACGCUAAUCAUGAACAAAGUUACUUGAGUAGAAUGGUUAUGAAACCCGUCAGACUCCUUUGUUAUAUGUUUUUGUGGACCUUAAAGUGCACAACGUUCAAAAGAAUUCCUAUCAUUUUGAUUGUAUUGACCAAUAAAAACGUUGCAUUAAUUUAUUCCCUAACAAUUUGCCAACAGAAAACAAAGGAUUGUGCACUUUCGCGGUGCUUUGAACAUAAACUGCAGCACUGUUGUUUUUAUCAUUGAUGUUUGCCGCUUUUCAUAACCAGUCUCCUCUAAUAACUAUGUCAUGAACAAAUUAUUAAUUUUAGUCGAAGUGAUUACACAUAUCAGUAACACGUUUGACAUACUCAUGGCAGCAUUCCUAUUGUAAUUGAACUUCAAAACAACCAAAAAAAACAUAAAAAAACAAAAGCAAGAGAAUUUGGGCAAUGAAAUACGUUAUUUUUCCCCUCAUUAGCAUCUUGUGCUCUUUUGCAAGCACCCCUUGACGGCAGAGUUGAUAAAAACGAUGCUAAACAUGGUGCAUUAGUCUCAUUUUCCUGCAAUGAUGGAUUUCAAAUGAAAGGCUCAAGAAUUCUCAAGUGCCUCGGUGGAAAAUGGAAUGGCAGCGCUCCAACGUGCACAGGUUUGAUAUCUUCUCCAUGUAAUUAGCAAUUAUCUGAAUGAGGCUAGGUGUCAUCUGAAGCAUUAUGGAGAUCGAGGAGGGUGUAUCUGGCGAGACUGCACCCUCCUCGAUUUUCAUAAUUCUUCAGAUGAUACGAAUGCAUGUUUUAACAUGCUUACCUCCAUCGAUGUUAAGUUAAUCUUCGAUGGUGCAUGUUUAUCGGGAAGUUUAGGAGAUGUAAGGUUGUUCAGAUCUGCAAAUAUUCUCGAAAUAGCAGAUGUCGUCCGUCGAGUUGUUUGGCUGUUCUGCGGCUAUAUUUUUAGCCAAUAGUUCGCCUUUUUCUUCCUCGUGAAACGAGUGAAAUGUUCCGCCAUUUUGUAUACACUGCCAAAUCAACUCAACCUCGUCCCCAGGUCUUCUCUCAAUUAACCGUUCAGUAAUCUUGCAAUAUUGCUUCACGAUUGACGUUAUCACUUCACAUAUCGCAAAAUACUGAUAUAUGUAGUUGUUAGAUUUUUUAGAGUUUUGAUACAUUUUUUGUGAUAUUGUAAAGCGCCUAGAACAGUUAAUGAUAUAGACGCUAUAUAAAUAAAGUUUAUUUAUUUAUUAUUAUUAUUAUUUUCAUUAUUAACAAGAACGUCACGUAAAAAGUAAUCUGAAGAAAGUAAGUGGGGAGGAGCCCAACAUCCUACUUCUCCCUUCCCCUGUGUGAUCAGGCCAUUUUGUGUCGCGCGUUACGAUAAUUUUGCAGUUAACCAAAAAGCGACAAUUUUUGUCAGCUGUGUUAUAAAAGAAUAUGCUCAUGCUUAUUUAACUCUGCGUAUAUCGAGUUACGGAUGCACUUGGGAAGUUUGGAGAGCGCUCAAGGAGCUAGGGUUAUGCUGAUGCUUAGGGCACGAAAGAUGCGUAACUCUGACUUACACGUAUUUCGUGCUCUCCAAACUUCCCGCGUGCAUCCAUAACUCGAUAUACCCACGCUAAUCAUGAACAAAGUUACUUGAGUAGAAUGGUUAUGAAACCCGUCAGACUCCUUUGUUAUAUGUUUUUGUGGACCUUAAAGUGCACAACGUUCAAAAGAAUUCCUAUCAUUUUGAUUGUAUUGACCAAUAAAAACGUUGCAUUAAUUUAUUCCGUAACAAUUUGCCAACAGAAAACAAAGGAUUGUGCACUUUCACGGUGCUUUGAACAUAAACUGCAGCACUGUUGUUUUUAUCAUUGAUGUUUGCCGCUUUUCAUAACCAGUCUCCUCUAAUAACUAUGUCAUGAACAAAUUAUUAAUUUUAGUCGAAGUGAUUACACAUAUCAGUAACACGUUUGACAUACUCAUGGCAGCAUUCCUAUUGUAAUUGAACUUCAAAACAACCAAAAAAAACAUAAAAAAACAAAAGCAAGAGAAUUUGGGUAAUGAAAUACGUUAUUUUUCCCCUCAUUAGCAUCUUGUGCUCUUUUGCAAGCACCCCUUGACGGCAGAGUUGAUAAAAACGAUGCUAAACAUGGUGCAUUAGUCUCAUUUUCCUGCAAUGAUGGAUUUCAAAUGAAAGGCUCAAGAAUUCUCAAGUGCCUCGGUGGAAAAUGGAAUGGCAGCGCUCCAACGUGCACAGGUUUGAUAUCUUCUCCAUGUAAUUAGCAAUUAUCUGAAUGAGGCUAGGUGUCAUCUGAAGCAUUAUGGAGAUCGAGGAGGGUGUAUCUGGCGAGACUGCACCCUCCUCGAUUUUCAUAAUUCUUCAGAUGAUACGAAUGCAUGUUUUAACAUGCUUACCUCCAUCGAUGUUAAGUUAAUCUUCGAUGGUGCAUGUUUAUCGGGAAGUUUAGGAGAUGUAAGGUUGUUCAGAUCUGCAAAUAUUCUCGAAAUAGCAGAUGUCGUCCGUCGAGUUGUUUGGCUGUUCUGCGGCUAUAUUUUUAGCCAAUAGUUCGCCUUUUUCUUCCUCGUGAAACGAGUGAAAUGUUCCGCCAUUUUGUAUACACUGCCAAAUCAACUCAACCUCGUCCCCAGGUCUUCUCUCAAUUAACCGUUCAAUAAUCUUGCAAUAUUGCCUCACGAUUGACGUUAUCAGUUCACACAUCGCAAAAUACUGAUAUAUGUAGUUGUUAGAUUUUUUAGAGUUUUGAUACAUUUUUUGUGAUAUUGUAAAGCGCCUAGAACAGUUAAUGAUAUAGACGCUAUAUAAAUAAAGUUUAUUUAUUUAUUAUUAUUAUUAUUUUCAUUAUUAACAAGAACGUCACGUAAAAAGUAAUCUGAAGAAAGUAAGUGGGGAGGAGCCCAACAUCCUACUUCUCCCUUCCCCUGUGUGAUCCUCCGUUAAUUGAAAAGAAGAGACUAGCUCUGUUUUUAAACACUACCGAUAUUUCAAAUGCGUACUUCAAUAGCCAUAUUACGUGACCGUAUGUUACGAUUUGUUUUAGAAUGCGGAAGAGCGCUUGGUAUGGAAAAUUAUAGCAUUCCGGAUUCUAAUAUCACUUCACCCGGUCCCCAUUACUUUAAGCGGUUUGCCAGAUAUGCUCGUCUUAAUGGACCUUUAUCCUGGUGCGCUUUAGCACAGCAGUACUUACAAAUUGAUCUUGGUAAAAGUUACAAGGUGACGUCAAUAGCGACCCAGGGAGGUAGAAUGGAUACAGGGGGAAAGUGGGUGGAAGAGUACAAAGUCGCUUUUUAUGUUGGGGCAACACGUGUUAUGUACAGUGAAUUUGGCAAAGAAAAGGUAAGAAAUAAAACUCAUAAUAUAUUGUAAGCCACAUAUAUUCAUUUUUCCUUUUUACUUAUACUUAUAUAUUUAUUGUUGGUACGUGUUAAGUCAGAUAAGAUUUCUUAUGCAAUGAAACGCUAUGCAGGUCUUUUCAGGUCUCUUUUUCAGGUUUUCAGGUAUGUAGACGUUUUUUUUUCUUUUUUUUUUUUUUUAGGUAGCUAUCGUCACAAUAGAAUAGCUAAAAAUUACAAUAUACACUUAAUGUCAGAUCCCGAGGGAAACAGCUAGUUUUGUUUUCCCGAGGGACCUGAUAUUAAGUGUUUUGUUAUAUUUCUAGACUUUCACUUCAACAGCAGCAAAAAAAUAACCGGAGCGAACCAAAACAGUCGACUCGGUAAUUAUAAUAACACAAAUUUAAUUCUCAAAACCACUGAAUGAAUGAUUUACAAAGUUCUUUUCUUAUAUUAUCUGCAUCUUUUUCCUCCGCUAGCUGUUGUUUCUUUUCUGGCAUAACUUUAAAAAUCGUUGCUUUUUAGUUUGAGGCGUCGUGUUUGUGUUUGUUGUGUUCAUUCCCGAAAAAGAAAACUGGCAGUCUUUUUUCCCGCCUCCUGUCACUCCACUUUCCACCAUGCUUUGGUCACGUGCUGUAAUGUAGCCCGAGCGGGGUACAUUGCUUCAUGUAUCACGAUCGAGAUACAUUUGACUUUAGUCAAGGCCACGUGACCAAGAAUCAACCAACGGUAGUCCCUGUUUAGUUGAAUGAAAGUCCAGGAAUAUAACAAUCUGUAAUGUGAAUUGUUAGAGGGAUUCUACUUGACCCAUGAAACAGAUACUAACUACUAGAAGGUGCAACAGGUCAACAAAAGUAGACAACGGAAUUAGUGCAUAAUAGUUCGUAGUAUUCUACUUCCUAUUUCACGGGUUACGUCAAAUCACUCUAAUGUGUUUUAUACAUGUAGAUGUUAUUCCGUUUGCUAUAUUUAUUCCAUUUUCAUUGUUGUUUCUAAGGAAAGGUACUUGUUCUAUUCAUUAAUUUACAUCAUUGGUUGUCCGGGAGCAACUAGUCAACCCUUUCUGUAUUAUUACCCCUGCUUCUAUGCUUAUUAUAUGGAUGUUGUCACAUCUUUUCUCAGUCUAUACAGGGGAAUACACACGCCUCUUCUGUCGUGAAUUUACAUCGCUGGGAGCAGAGACCAUCUUCGUAACCCUUCUUUGACAAUGUUAUCACCGGUUGCCCGGGGGCAACAAAUCAACCCUUUCAGUAUUAUUACCUAGCUAUGCUUAUAUGCUUAUAUGCUUAUAAUAUGGAUGUUGUCACCUCUUUUGUCAGUCUAUACAGGGAAAUAGAGACGCCUCUUCCGUCGUGAAAUACCAUUUGAAGGAGCCUUUCGUGACCAGCAAAUUGCUUAUUUACCCUGGUUUGCAAUCCCAAUCUUUCUGCUUAAGAAUGGAAAUAUAUGGAUGCAAUCCUAACCCUGGUAAAAAUAAUUAUCUUUGUAGCUUUAUUCUGUUCACACAACUUACAUCGCGUAGUACGGAAUUAAUUAGAAUAAGAAAAUUGGACAACUGAAUGAGAAUGCACAUCCGGUUUGCAACUACCGCAUUCCCUCUCACCUCCAUUUUAGACUUUUUUUUUUGUAUUGUACGAGUUAAGACCCUGAGUAGUACAACAAACAGCCACUUUUAAUAUUUUGCCGAUUGUGAUUGGCUCAAAACACCGACGAAUUCUUCACAACCAGCUGGCACUGACCGAAUGUGCAAGAUGCGAACAAUACCCAAGCACCCUCAUUUUCAGGCAAAUAUUUCAUCGAUCUAUCUCGUUUCUAGGUGCCACAGCCUAACUGUUUAUUACCAAGUGAGCUAUAAAGUAAAACGGCUAUCAAGCAGUUGAAUAAACAAAAAAUAGUUAAUUAAUUUGGCUUUCGUAUAACGUGAAGAUUUAUGCAGAUAUCGAAAACUGUUAACCACCUUGGCCGAUAACAUUCUCCACGAUUAUCCCAAUAAUUCUUAGUCACAUCAUACUCAGCGUGGACCAGUAAUUGUCAAAUGAAGCUUUGUACCAGUUGUAUUCCUGAUACCUCUCAAUUAUCACUCGAUCCAUCAGUUCCCAGCUUCUCUCUGCCUUCAAGGUGACGGGAAGAAGAGGGACCCAGGGCGGGAGAUCAGUUGCUGACACUCCAGUUUAGAAAAGUUUAUACUGUCAAAUAGUGAGGGACUUGGGAUAAUAAUACAAAUAAGAAAAAAAAUAAACAAAUAAGUAAAUAAGAAAACCGCAUGUGGCACUGCGUUAGUAGAAUUGACUCUUAAAAAUACUAUGGAUACUGUUGAUCCGUCUAUCUCGAUGAGUGAUUGAUUUGUUGUUGUUGUUGUUGUUGUUGUUUUUUCCAGCUCUUUUAAGUGGCAAUUAUAAUUGCUUUAUUCGUUUAUUUAUUUAUUUUAUUAUUAUUAUUAUUUUUUUCAGAAUGCAUUCUACCUGGUUCCGUGUUUUGGGGGUUAUGGACGCGAAAAGACAACUCACUUAACUACUACAGAGCUUUUAUAAAAAAAAUUACAGCCAGUUACAUCAAUUUCGUUUUACAAGUAGACAAUAGUCAGUGGCGCAGAUACAAUAGGACUGAACCAGUGCUCGUUAUAGAUAAACUCCCCAAAAUGAAGGAAAUCUCUGUUAAUUCUUCAGUUAUUGCUGUUCACAAACCUGGUAUGCCAGAAUGGUAUCGCGCUGGUAAUGUGACUGGUACCAAUGAGCGUUUAUCCUUGGUACAAGUCAGGUUUAAAAACAGGGACAAAAGAUGGGUUCCGCUUAAGAAACUCCGGUUGGUGAAAAGACCUAAAUUUUGCUUGGAUAGAGUUUGAGACACUAUAUAAAUAUAAAACCAAUAAAGUAAAAACAUGUCAGUCUUAAAUAAGAAAGAAUAUAGUUGCCAAAGAUAAGGAAAGUUGCCAAAGAUAAGGAAUGAGUUUAAAUCAUUUGGAAACUGGGCUAAAUGAAAUCUUUUUUUGUUGUCGUUUUUUGUUACAGCGUCAGCAAAGCUCGUAGCUUUGACUUUUAUAGAGAAUUUAACCGAAUAGUAAGAACAUAAAAGAGGCAUGAAUACGAAAAAAAGUUUUAUUACGGUAGCAUUAAUCAGCUCAAAGAUUUUAACAGAGUUGACUUAGGGCUUGUCAGUACAUAAAGGUGGGGGACCCCAUAUUGGUGAGGUAACACGCUCAGGUGGGGUCCAAAAAUAACCAGCUUUUGCAUGAAACUUUCCACUACCGUUCCAGUUUUAUCCGUUCCGUUCCUUAAAAGGUCCAAAGGUGGCUACGGAGCUCUUUCGGAACGGAACCGAUAAAAAUUGGUUCCGUAACCACAUUUUUGUUUUCUUUUCAACGUCUAAACGUUCGCCUUUUUUAGGCACGGAUCUGCAACAUUUUUUCUGAGCCCGUGCUGUUCCAUGUCAUUUGUUUAGCGUAUCUUGUUUAGCGUAUCUUGCAUGCGUCGUGUUAGUCUUUUAUUCUGACGAUCAGAACAAAAUGACGGAGAAGAGCACCCUAGUAAGCCUUUUAGUUCUCUCAAAAAGCAUUCUCUCAAAAGUACUUCUUUGAAGAAUCACGCGCUGUCAAACGUUACGGCGGUUACCACUAACAGAUCCGUAGCCUACAGAUCUACUUAUCACUCUUCAUGGUAUCGAAUAGAAUCCAGAACUACAUGUUGCAAGAACUCAGACGAGUUGCCAGGCGUGUAUUGAGAAAGUGUGUGAAAGGUCUUGUACCCGUUCCCAGGGGCUCUCAAGUACCGUACCUUUUUCUGUUGGGUACAAUACAGAAUAUGUACCUGUAAACAGGAGAUUUCUUAUGGAAGUGAUACUUGUUUCUAACCGAGCCGCCCCUUCUCUUUUAACGUGUAAACGGGUCUUUUAUUGUUUAUUGCUAAGCACGUACAUGUAGUGGCAGUAACGUCAUAGAAAAAUUAAUAAUAAUAAAAAAAAGAGAGAGAGAAAUCAUAAAAAGCUAAAUAGGAUAAGAUUUGGCAUGCCGGCUAAAAUGACGGAUUUUGUCUGACGAAAGAAUGAAGCAUAAAACAUUGUUAGCGUGUCCAGUUUACCUUCAAUAACUCUCAUAACUCUUUUGAUCUCAAAGUGAAGUAUAUUGUUGAGCUGCAAAGUUUGUUUAUCAGAAUUAGCCAAAUAUGAAAUCUGUAUGGCUGAUUGUUUGUUUUUUGUUUUUGUUUUUGCUUUUUUGUUUGUUGAUACAGCGUUGAUGCAAACAAAAAAAUGCGAGCAGACGACGUAUUUUGGUGGUAAAGGCCUUCUGUUGUCACUCUUAAGGGUGCCAUGGCUGCGAUUCAAAUAAUUG